GCCAUUCCCCAGCCUGCCUACCAAACAGAUAGUAACUGGGUUUGACCCCAUGGCCGACAGGCAGCCCCGGUCAUGUCAAAAAGGGCCUCAGUGCCUGCUGUUCCCUCUGACCUCGUGGUGGGGGGGGGCAGAGGCAGCAAGACGCCUGGGACUGCCCACGGGGUGGUGUCCGCGGCAGCAGCUGUAUGACGGAGGAAUGAAGGAGGGGCUGCCUGGACCCUUCCCUGCCAUGUCUUCCUCCACACAGGUAGCUUUGAAGGCUCUCUUGUGGCUCCUCAGAGACACAGGCGAGGCCAACCAUACUAGACCAGCAGAAACCAUCACACACACACACACACACAGAGAGAAAUACACACUAGGCAGAAAGAAGGCACUAGACUCUGCUCAUGGAAACGGAGGAAGCCAAAACUUGCUUGGCCAUUGGGGGGGGGUGCCUGUGCCUCUCCAGGGGUCCCCAUCCUCUCCUCCAGCAUUGAGCCUGGGUUCAAGGUGGGCCAGCUGUGAUCAAAGGGCCCUGGGUCCCAGCACUGUGGCUCAUUCUGGGCCUCUGCAACUGAUGCUGGGAGGAGGGUGAAGAUGAAGUGUGUGUGUGUGGGGGGGGGUAUUCAUACAUCAUCUUGCUUGGACGGAAGCGGGCGGCUUGGAACCUGGCAUCGAGCCCUCCCUCCGACCAGGUUUGUGUUCCUGGGACCCUGGCAGGCACACGAGCAACUGGCCCGGCCCGGCCGGCCUGCGAGAAGAUGGCAGGGUCCGAGGCCGCCUCGGAGGGGAAGAUCGCGGGGCUGUACGACCUGGAGCGCACGCUGGGCAAGGGGCACUUCGCGGUGGUCAAGCUGGCCCGGCACGUCUUCACCGGGGAGCGGGUGGCGGUCAAGGUGAUCGACAAGAGCAAGCUGGACGGCGGGGCGGCGGCGCAGCUGCUGCAGGAGGUGCGCUGCAUGAAGCUGGUGCAGCACCCGAACGUGGUGCGCCUCUACGAGGUCAUCGACACGCAGGCCAAGCUGUACCUGAUCCUGGAGCUGGGCGACGGCGGGGACAUGUUCGACCACAUCAUGCGGCACGAGGGCGGGCUGGCCGAAGGGCAGGCCAAGCACUACUUCGCCCAGGUGGUCCACGCCAUCUCCUACUGCCACCGCCUGCACGUGGUCCACCGGGACCUCAAGCCGGAGAACGUGGUCUUCUUCCAGGAGCAAGGCGUGGUCAAGCUGACCGACUUCGGCUUCAGCAACUACUUCCAGCCGGGCACCCUGCUCACCACCAGCUGCGGCUCCCUGGCCUACUCGGCCCCCGAGAUCCUCCUCGGCGACCAGUACGACGCCCCCGCCGUCGAUGUCUGGAGUCUGGGCGUCAUCCUGUACAUGCUGGUGUGUGGGCAGCCCCCCUUCCAGGAGGCCAACGACAGCGAGACCCUCACCAUGAUCCUGGACUGCCGCUACGUCGUGCCCCCUCACGUCUCCUCCCCCUGCGCAGACCUGAUUUCCCGGAUGCUGCAGCGGAACCCCCAGUGCCGGGCUUCCUUGGAAGAGAUCGAGAGCCACCCGUGGCUGCAGGGUGUGGACCCCUCCCCUGCCAGCCGCUCCCUCUUGCCCCUGACCUCCCACCGGCGUGUCUCAGAGCAGGAGCAUGAAAUCAUCAUCCAGGCCAUGAAAUGCGGCCACAUUGCUGACCGUGAGACCAUCCAGGAGGCACUGGAGGCCAAUCGCUACAACCACAUCACGGCCACCUACUUCCUGCUGGCCGAGAGGAUCCUCCGGGAGAAGCAGGAGAGGCAGAGUCCCAGCAGCCCCGGCCUGGGCUACCCCUUGGCCCAGCAGGCUCAGAUCAGGCAUGCCACCGGGCCCCCGAGGGACCCCAGCGGCCCUCCCUCUGGAGGGGAAGCCAAGCGCCCCCCACCCCUGCCGGCCAGCAAGAGCGCUUUGGAGAACUUUGCCGAGCAUUCCGGGAAGGCGUCGCUUCCCUUCCCAGCGCUGGGAGAAGACUCCUCUUCGGACUUCCGUGACUGUGGGCAGCCCAUCCGGGCCCUGAUCCGGCCCUCCCUCAUUGAGACCCCUAUCGCCAAGAGCACCCCUGCUCUGCAACAGAUUUCAGAGGAGGAGGAGGAGGAGGAGGAGGAGGAAGAAGGGGGAAAGCCGGGACUCUUCAGGCGGAGAACCUCCUCCCUCAACCAAGAGCAGAUGAGUGACUUCCAGAGCGCCAAGGCCUCCCUGCUCUUCUGCCGGAGCCUGGCGGCUCACCAUAAAGCGGGAAAGGGCCUGGCCGGCAGAGGCUUCCCAAAGCCAUGGGCUCCUGAGCUGGCGCCAGAGAUGGGCCUCAACCCGGGGGCCGCGCUCCAGGCACGACCCCUGCCCCAGAAGGGCCAAAUCGGGCUGCCUAAAGAAGGAGGCCGCCGUCCAGUGGGCAGCAGCCUUGGCUUGCGAGGGGAGAACGUGGCCCCCCAAGCGUGGACGAAAGACCCUCAGAUGGGCAGCAAAGCAGGGGGUGGGGGUGGGGGUGGCAGAUGUGGCGUUUCGUCCCAGGACGAGGCAGACAGCCACACUCUACCCCUUGAUGGAAGAGUCUCUGCUCGGAAGGAGGAGGAGGAGGAGGAGGAGGAAGAGAAAGAGGAAGGCCCAGGGGUGGCAGCAGCAGAAGCAGCAGCAGCAGAGGAAGAGGAAGAGGAAGUGGGGCUCCAGGCACUUCGGAACCCCGAGGCCUGCCAGGCCGGGCACAGCAGCCUCCAGAGAGAGGCUCAUCUCAGCAGCCCCCGGGAUCCAGAGAACGAGGCUCGCCAGCCAUUCCCUCAGCCAAAGCACCUCGCCCUGGAGAGCCAUGGGAAUGAAAACGUGGCCGACAACGUCAUCAAGCUGGACCCGGCCAAAGGCAAAAAUGCCAACCUGAAGGACCGGAUCCUGCAGUUCCCACUCUGCGAGAAAGCCCUGGCCUUCCGGAUGCGGCCCACCUCUAAAGAGAGCCUCCUGUCCCUGGGCCAGUUCAACUGCUGCCAUGUCAUCUAGGAAGGGCAG